AGUGAGCGGCGCUAGCGCCGCGACUGUCAGUUGCAAGCGGCAGCAGUCUCUCAACCGGCCCGUUUUCGGGGCGCGUGACCGCAGCGUGAGGCCGAACCCAACGGUCUCCCCUACCCCGCCCGGCCCAGCUCGUGCGGGGCCCCGGGCAAAGCCGCGCGGAUCUGGAGUGGGGGCGGCGGCAGCGACAGGUGCCGAGCUAGGACGCAGGCAGCGGCUUCGCCCUCUCCGAGCCAGCGACGAUGCCCGCGGUGCAGAAAACAGUGGCCGAGAUCCGCUCCAGAGCGGAGGGCUAUGAGAAGACAGAAGAUAUUUCAGAGAAAACUUCACUCGCUGAUCAAGACGAAGUGAGAACAGUAUUUAUCAACCAGCCUCAGUUGACCAAAUUCUGCAAUAAUCAUGUCAGCACUGCAAAAUACAACAUAAUUACAUUCCUGCCAAGGUUUCUCUAUUCCCAGUUCAGAAGAGCUGCUAAUUCAUUUUUUCUUUUUAUUGCCUUACUUCAGCAAAUUCCAGAUGUGUCUCCAACAGGUCGUUACACAACAUUGGUUCCUCUAUUAUUUAUUUUAGCUGUAGCAGCAGUCAAAGAAAUCAUAGAAGAUAUUAAAAGACAUAAAGCUGAUAAUGUAGUGAACAAGAAACAGACACAAGUAUUGAGAAAUGGUGCUUGGGAGAUUGUCCAUUGGGAAAAGGUGGCAGUAGGGGAAAUAGUGAAAGUGACCAAUGGGGAACAUCUCCCAGCUGAUCUCAUCAGUCUUUCAUCAAGUGAGCCACAAGCCAUGUGCUACAUUGAAACAUCAAAUUUAGACGGUGAAACAAACCUAAAAAUACGACAGGGCUUGCCAUUGACAUCAGAUAUAAAAGACAUUGACAGUUUGAUGAGACUUUUGGGCAGAAUUGAAUGUGAAAGCCCAAAUCGACAUCUAUAUGAUUUUGUUGGAAAUAUCAGACUAGAUGGGCAUGGUACUGUUCCACUGGGACCUGACCAAAUUCUACUACGAGGAGCUCAACUAAGAAAUACUCAGUGGGUUCAUGGAAUAGUUGUCUAUACUGGACAUGAUACAAAACUCAUGCAGAAUUCAACUAGCCCACCUCUUAAACUCUCUAAUGUGGAACGAAUAACAAAUAUUCAGAUAUUAAUUUUGUUCUGCAUUCUUAUUGCCAUGUCUUUAAUCUGUUCUAUUGGUUCAGCUAUAUGGAAUCGGAAGCAUGCCCAAAGGGACUGGUAUCUCAAUCUGAACUAUGGUGGAGCUAACAAUUUUGGACUGAAUUUCUUGACUUUUAUCAUUCUUUUCAAUAAUCUCAUUCCCAUCAGCUUAUUGGUUACAUUAGAAGUUGUUAAAUUUAUCCAGGCAUAUUUCAUAAAUUGGGAUAUAGACAUGCAUUACGAACCUACAGAUACUGCCUCCAUGGCUCGUACAUCCAAUCUCAAUGAGGAACUUGGCCAGGUCAAAUACAUAUUUUCUGACAAAACUGGUACCCUGACUUGCAAUGUCAUGCAGUUUAAGAAGUGCACUAUAGCAGGAGUUGCUUAUGGCCAUUGUCCUGAGCCUGAGGAUUAUAGUUGUUCUUCAGAUGAUUGUCAGGACUCACAGGUUGGAGAAGAAAAACCAUUUAGUGAUCCAUCGCUGCUGGAGAAUCUACAAAACAAUCAUCCAACUGCACCUAUAAUAUGUGAAUUUCUGACAAUGAUGGCAGUUUGUCAUACAGCUGUUCCAGAAAGAGAAGGUGAUAAGAUUAUAUAUCAAGCAGCAUCUCCAGAUGAAGGAGCAUUGGUCAGAGCAGCGAAGCAUCUUCAUUUUGUAUUCACUGGAAGGACACCUGACUCUGUAAUUAUUGAGUCUCUUGGUCAAGAAGAAAGAUAUGAAUUGCUAAACGUGCUGGAAUUUACAAGCACUAGGAAAAGAAUGUCUGUGAUUGUUCGCACACCAACAGGAAAAUUAAGACUCUACUGUAAAGGAGCUGAUACAGUAAUUUAUGACCGUCUGGCAGAGAGUUCAAAAUACAAGGAAAUUACUUUAAAACAUUUAGAGCAGUUUGCUACAGAAGGUUUAAGAACUCUUUGUUUUGCUGUUGCUGAGAUAUCAGAAAGUGAAUAUCAAGAGUGGCUAGAUGUCUAUCAUCGAGCUUCAACAUCUGUACAAAACAGAGCCCUGAAACUUGAGGAGAGUUAUGAACUAAUUGAAAAAAAUCUUCAACUGCUUGGAGCUACAGCCAUUGAAGACAAGCUGCAAGACAACGUACCUGAAACCAUAGAAACUCUAAUGAAAGCAGAUAUCAAAAUUUGGAUUCUUACUGGGGACAAACAAGAGACUGCUAUUAACAUUGGUCACUCAUGUAAACUUUUGAAAAAGAACAUGGGACUCAUUGUUAUCAAUGAAGGUUCUCUUGAUGGAACAAGAGAGAUUUUAAGUCAUCAUUGUAGUACUCUUGGAGAUGCUUUGAGGAAGGAAAAUGACUUUGCUCUUAUAAUUGAUGGCAAAACACUGAAGUAUGCCUUGACAUUUGGUGUAAGACAGUAUUUCCUGGAUUUGGCUUUGUCAUGUAAAGCUGUUAUUUGUUGCAGGGUGUCUCCUCUUCAGAAAUCUGAAGUAGUAGAAAUGGUAAAAAAACAGGUAAAAGUAGUAACACUGGCAAUUGGGGAUGGAGCGAAUGAUGUUAGUAUGAUACAGACGGCACAUGUUGGCGUUGGUAUUAGUGGAAAUGAAGGGCUACAGGCAGCUAAUUCUUCAGAUUACUCCAUAGCACAGUUCAGAUAUCUGACAAACUUGUUGUUGGUUCAUGGUGCUUGGAACUACAGCAGAAUAGCUAAAUGCAUCUUGUACUGUUUCUACAAGAACAUAGUCCUUUAUAUUAUUGAGAUCUGGUUUGCUUUUGUUAAUGGCUUUUCUGGACAAAUUCUUUUUGAAAGAUGGUGCAUAGGUCUUUACAAUGUGAUGUUUACAGCUCUGCCACCAUUGACUCUUGGAAUAUUUGAGAGAUCCUGCCGAAAGGAAAAUAUGCUGAAAUACCCAGAAUUGUACAAGACCUCCCAAAAUGCACUGGACUUUAACACAAAGGUUUUCUGGGUUCAUUGUUUAAAUGGCCUCUUCCACUCAGUUAUUCUGUUUUGGUUUCCACUAAAAGCCUUCCAGUAUGGUACAGUAUUUGGCAAUGGCAAAACUUCAGACUACCUGCUCUUGGGAAACAUUGUUUAUACUUUUGUGGUGAUAACAGUGUGUUUAAAAGCUGGAUUAGAGACUUCAUAUUGGACCUUGUUUAGCCAUAUAGCAAUAUGGGGAAGCAUUGCACUUUGGGUAGUAUUUUUUGGAGUUUACUCAUCUCUGUGGCCUGUGAUUCCUAUGGCACCUGACAUGUCUGGAGAGGCAGUUAUGUUGUUCAGCUCUGGAGUCUUUUGGAUGGGUCUUUUAUGUAUUCCCAUCACAGCUUUGCUUUUUGACGUAGUAUACAAAGUAAUCAAGAGAGCUACUUUUAAGACUCUGGUAGAUGAAGUUCAAGAGUUGGAAGCAAAAUCUCAGGAUCCAGGAGCAGUUGUGCAUGGCAAGAGCUUAACGGAAAGAGCUCAACUACUGAAGAACGUCUUCAAGAAGAGUCACGUGAACUUGUACCGCUCUGAAUCUCUGCAGCAAAACUUGCUUCAUGGCUAUGCGUUCUCUCAAGAUGAAAAUGGAAUAGUUUCCCAAUCUGAAGUAAUAAGAGCGUAUGAUACCACAAAACAAAGACCAGAUGAAUGGUGAAGGAAUACAGGUUGAGACAGAAAGCCCUUAGAAUUACUUUAAGUAAGACAAACUACUAGACCUUUGCUAGGAUCUGCUAGCAGCAAACAGUCACAAAGAUUAUAGGAAGAUCCAUGAUGAUCUUAUUCCAUAAAGUUUGGAUUAGUGUAUUCAAUAGACAUAAGCACUGUGCAACUCUACUGUAACACACCAUCUCUUUAUAAUUUUAACAAGUGUUUGCUUUGUCUUUGUAAACAGAGAAAAUUACCUUGUGUUUUGGCAGGUCGCUUAUUUAUAAUGAGGCUGAAUCAGUAUUGCUCAUAUGCUAUAUUAAUUAAUGGGACAUAAUUAAUGGUCAAAUUACCACUAUACAUAGAUUAUUAACAUUUAUACAGGUUCAUAAGUCCAUUUAAAGUACAGUUGGUUGGUAUCAAACCUUUGAUUUCAAUAAGUGCUGAAUAACCAACAUUUUAGUGGUGUUAACUCACCAUAUAAAGCAAAAUUUCAAACCAAGGUGUUUAUAGGUGUUUGUGUCAAACUAGCCUACAAUAUAUGCUUGCCAAAGAAGUUCCAUAAUUGCAAUUCUCAAAAAUCUCCAAGGGUUAUUUGCAGAGAACUUUAAAAAUCUUGAUGUUAGAACUGCAUGUUUGAUUCUCCAUACUUGAUAAAAAUACAGCAUAAUGAGCCUAAUUCAAAUUGCCUUUAUGGCAUUUGCUUUUAAAUCUGUGAAACUUUGCAACCUUUGGUCUGAUACAAGCUUUUUGGUUUUUUAUUGUUUAAUAUAAAUGCCACCUUUUAGUAUAAUGCUCAUAUUUACAAGUUUUGUUCAAAUUACAAAAAAAAAAAUGCAUAAAAAUUUAGCCAUUUUUCAAUGUUUGUGUUUUGUAUGCACAUUUGGUCAGAAAAGUUUGUCCUAAUUCAUAAAAACAGAUUAGAUAUCUGUGUGAUUUGUCACCGUCUUUAUUCUAAAGUUAUCUGGAACAUGCCUUGCUAAUGCAAUGUAAGUUCUGUAGCUCUGUGUGGCAUGUACUGUUCCAUUUGCACCAGAGGCAGUACCUACUAUGCACUCAAAUAUACUUUAGUAGUAGUAGUUCUUUAUAGCUUAUUUGAAACAUAGCAAACCUCCAUACUCUCAGCUUUUAAGAAAAAUGGAGGGAAAAUUGCACAAAAGAAAAUAGAAUUUUCCAGUUUGUUCAGCUCAGCGGUGUAUCAGUUGUACUUCUCACCAAGAGAACACUGUAAUAAGAAAUUUUAAAGUAUUAAUUACAUUUGGUAUGUAUCUGCCCACUAUCAAAUGAUGGCCUGAUUUCUUCAAAGGUUACAUCUAUUUAUGACAAUGGCACAAACACAGGCCAGUUUAACUUAUUGUAAAAGUUUCAGUCUGUUUUAAUACUGACCUAAAAAGUCCACUGUAAUGAUUCAAUUUUAAAUGUAUUUUAUGUGGAGACAAAUGCUGCUUCACUUUUAAAAUGUUCAGACUAGCAGAGAUUUUCCAUUCUCCUUUCAGGUUACUAAGAUCUUUAUUCUUAUUACUUUUUGUCUUCAAAAUCAUCCAAUCUAGAUUGUAAAUAACAAGCAGUAUAGCUCUUCAGCUAGUCCAUGUCCUACCAAUCAUUUCUUGACUAUUCAUAUACUUAUCAAAAAUAAAACUUUGUCCCCUUGCCUUUCAAUCCUGUGCAGAUGCCACCUCUCACUUCACUGCAUCACACAAUUUCCUUACCUCUCAUUUUAAGAAAAUAUACAAAUCACAUCAUAUAUCAAAGCCCGUGCAAGGAAAAUACUUUAUGAAAGUACAUACUUAGGAAGACAUAUUGAUGGAAUGGCCCUCCACAUUUCAUAAUAAUAUUAUGCAUUCUCUUCCCUCCCUUUUCCGGAGUGAUCUUUAAGUGCAAAAGAAACAGAAUACACAGGGACAAAGAAAAUGUAUUCCACUACAAAUAGCACUGCUAGUCAGUCAUGCAGAGAAGAACUGCCUUCAGAAAAGCCAUUUAAUGCAUAGAUAAAUAGAUGGCUCAAUAUGGGAGGGCCAUACCACUUGACCUAAGGCGAGAAAAAAAUUGGGGGCAUGCCUUUCUUAAAAUAUGGAUCCCCUAUUUUUGACAUUAAAGAAUGACUGCAAUACAAUUCUGAAAUGACAUCCUCAGUGUACUUAAUAUAAAAAUUAAAUUCAUGACUCUCUUUAAAAGUAAAUGCAUUUUUAAAAAUCUUUUUUUCAUUGUAAAAUGCAUAAAAAUUUUGAUUUGGAAAAAAUUAUGUAAAGCAAAGAAAUGUAGUGUAAACCAUUGUGUUGUGAAGAAAUUUACCAGCAGCUUUACUUAUUUUGUUUUAUCCUGCUCUAAAAUAAAGUGUGCUAUAUUUACAAGAAUUAAUAAAAUUAAGAUGCCCAGCUACCUACAGUUGGUGACAGAAAUGACAUGCAGUUUUCUCCCAUUCAAUUUUGCUUUAUUGCUAAGAAGGUAGAGGAAUUUUAGCACAUCUUGUUGAGCGCCUGGACAUAUAUUGGAAUUCUGGCUAGUGAUGUUACUUAAUGUUAUAUAUUGCUCUAUUUCCAAAGCCAGGUAUAAGCUCACCGUGUGUCAUCCUUGCGCAAUUACACAUUUUAAUUUUAAAUUGUGCCCCACAAAAUGUAUUUUGAUUUUGUUUUUAUAUUGUACUUUCAUUCCCCAGUAGUUAGUCUGUUUUGGAUAUAUUUUUGCACCUCCUAGAUGUUGCUUAUUGUCUGAUGGUAAUCAAUUAUGAAAUAAUAGCCCUGCCUAGAAAGUUAUUUUUAAAAUGUUUUUUUUUUACUCUGUAUACAGUUCUAAAUAUAAGAUCACCUCAGCAAAAAUGUGCCUGUGAAAAUCAGAGGGUUUUUUUUUUUAAAAAUCAGUUUGGGUACACAAUACAGUUUAUUUGCACAUUGUUAAAGUGAACAGAAAUAUAGUAUAUUAUUUAUUUAGUAUACCAUGUGUUUGUUAAAUUGAGCCAUUGGUUAUGCGUGUAUUUAUUUUAAUUGAAAAAACUAGUCAAAUUACACUAGCUAAUCAUAAUGCAUUUAUUCUGAUCACUUAAACCUUUAAUUUUGUGUGAAUAAAGUCCAAUAUGGAAUUCACAUGGUAAUUUGCAGCCUGCUUUAUGUGCACUGCAUAACAAUUGCAAACUAUCAUUAAAAAUGUUCCUUCAAUUAAGCCACAACAAUGCCAGUUAGAAAUCAAUUGGUCUUGUAUUCAUAUUAUUUGAGUUACUAAUUGGAAUGCAACAUUUAUUGAAAAGGUAAAUUAUUCUUUAAUAAUUUUAUUAAGCCUAAUCACCAUUUAUAUUUGGACUUUCUUUUGCUAUUCUUGAUUGUAGGCUUAUUUGUGGAAAACAGCCUCAGUAGAUUUAUAAUAAAACAUCUUUCUAUUUGUGUAAAAAUUAUAAAGUAUUCUGAGACAGUAACAGAUAUCUAAAGAUUCCUAUAAAAUCCUCAUCACAAAAAUACAUUUUACAAAAUAUCACAAGGGGCUUCCUUUGUUGCCUUAACCUUCAAUGGGAAUAUAUAAUAAAUUGAAGGAAGAGAAAAUAGCAUCUUACCAUUUUUUAUCUUGAUUUAUACUGUGUAAAAGCAUCUGUAGUUUUGAUGAGUUAAUCAUCCCAUCUGUGUUAUUAAUAUUUUAAAGCUCCAUGGUUUGUUGCAGUUUUUAUGUUUCUGCUUUUGUGUAUCAUUCACAUUAUAAUGUAUCCAGAAGUUAAUGAUUUGAAAUUCAUGAAUUGGUCAAUUCUAACUUAGUACUGGGUAUGUUUUUUCUUUGCAAAACGCAACAAAUGUUGUUUUUCUUGUUCUAUAAAUGUUGCCUGAUACAUCUUCAUUAAACAAGGAAUAUUUUAGCACUCAAAAAACUUGUGCCUGAUCGCUCAAACUCUUUCUCCCAUUGGCUUCAAUAGGGCUAGUUAUAUGAAUAGAGAUUAAUUGUGUGAGGAAGAAUUUGCAAUAUUGGGCCCUUUGUUUUUUAAGUACUUUGAAUUAAACACCAUAUUUCCAUGCAUACAAUAAUAAGUAAUUGCAAAGCUGUGAUCAGAACAUGUAAACUAAAAUCAUGUUUUAAUGUUUCCUUAUUCUAGACUAGAAGCCAUAAAUGCAUUAAUAUUGUUUUUCUCGUUUGACUUGAUUUUUUCAUAAAGUAUUUCAGUGUUUCAUAAGUAUAAACUGCUGUGAAAGGCAGCCACUAUGUAAAAGCAAAGUUUACAUUCAAUGUAAGGUAGGAUUUUCCAGCUCCACUGAACCAUUACUGCUGAAACUGUUGUGGAAAUUGUGAAGCUGCAUGAAUGGAGAGUUUUUGACUCAGUGUUUAUGGUAGUUUUUCUCAGGUUUAGUUUUAAAUGAACAUUAAAUGCCCUGUGUGUUUUAUCAAAUUUUAGUAAUGCUUUCAGUUCUAUGCAGUGUUACAUGUAAUUGGCAUUUUGUGAACGUGCAUGUUUUGAACUGCAAAUUUUAAAUGUUUUGUCUUUUCAUUGUUAUUAAAAAAUUGAAUAAAC